AUGUUGGAGAAAACUAUUCUGGUCACCGGUUUCGGCCCGUUCCGCGAUCACGACAUCAACGCGAGCUGGCAAGCCGUUCAACUGCUAGAUGCGUCCGAUUUUGCUGGCUACAAACUGGUGAAACACGAGGUUCCAGUGACUUACGAUUAUAUUGAUAAGAAUAUCGCGCGACUGUGGGAAGAACACAAACCGAUCUUUGUUUUGCACGUUGGUCUCGCUGAAGGAGUUAACGUUGUGAGAUUGGAGUCACUUGCACGCCGGAAAUUCUAUCAGAAAGCAGACGCUUCCGGUGCACUCCACCCAACUGAGGAAGUUUGUCCAGCAGAUAAAGGACCAUUGGUGCAUAUUCCACAAAUUGAUGUUGGGCGUAUUGUUGGGGAACUCGACAGUGAUCAGUUACGAUUUAUUGAAUCAACUGAGGCGGGGUUGUAUCUAUGCGAGUAUAUUUUUUAUACUUCGAUGAAUAUCGAUAACAGUCGGAUUCUUUUCACGCAUGUACCGAAUGUUGAUGAACCGUAUUCUGUUGAGGAGUUGGCGCGUGGUCUUACUAUGAUUAUUCAUUCCGCGUUGCAACAAUUGGAAGAAAAUGAAAACAAUAACGAUAAGUAAAAAAAAAAACUAAACUGUCAGUAGUUCCUAAGUUGUCCGCUAGUCGCAACUAUCUAAAUUCCGCGUCUAUUCGCCAUUAUUAAACCAUUUCAAUGUUUGUUUCUUAUAAAUAAGUUUUAAACAUUCUGAUUUAAUUCUAUGCUAGAACUCUUGCUGCCAUCUUACAAUAAAAUUGUACAACUGCGUUGUAAACAAAAGCAUAA